AUGGGAGAACUAUGCAGAUCAACCAUUUUCUUCUCCGAUCAACACCUCUGUUAUGCCGAUAUUCUUCCUCCUUCACAGGUCCGAGGUCGAAUUGAAGUUGCGGUCCUCAAUUUUCUGAAAGCCCUAAGUUCGAACUCUCCGUCUAUUUCCGAUCUAUCACUGAUCAGUAGAAAUUCCAGCAAUAGCAGAGUGAGCCGGGGGUUACUGACCGGUGAUACAUGGAUCUUCCUGUCCCAUUCGUUUUGCACGCGAUCAUUAAUGAGAGAGAAUAGUGCCAAGUCCUUCAUAAGAGUUUGGAAGGUUAUGGAAAUGUGCUACCAAAUUCUGGUCCAGGAUAAGAGGGUGACUCAGAGAGAGCUAUAUUACAAGCUACUCUGUGAUUCACCAGAUUAUUUCACUUCUCAAUUGCAGGUUAAUAGGACCAUCCAAGACUUGGUGGCCUUGCUUCGGUGCAGCCGUUAUAGCCUUGGAAUAAUGGCAUCUAGCAGAGGGGCAAUAGCGGGCCGUUUAUUGUUGCAGGAGCCAAACAAGGAGGUUGUUGACUGCUCCACCUGUGGAUCGUCCGGAUAUGCUAUAUCUGGAGACUUAGAAUUGUUGGAAAAAUUGGCCAUGGAAACAGAUGCACGAUACAUCAUUGUGGUGGAGAAGCAUGCCAUAUUCCAGCGACUGGCUGAGGAUCGUGUAUUCAAUCAAAUCCCAUGUAUUCUAAUCACAGCCAAGGGAUUCCCUGAUAUUGCCACUAGGUUUCUGCUUCAUCGAAUCUGUCGGACAUUCCCCAAUUUGCCAGUCCUGGGGUUUGUUGACUGGAAUCCGGCUGGACUAGCAAUUCUUUGCACCUUCAAAUUUGGAAGCAUAGGGAUGGGACUUGAAGCGUACAGAUAUGCUUGCAAUGUCAAGUGGCUAGGACUGCGAAAGAAUGAUAUUGAUCAACUUGUACCCGAAGAAUCUUUGGUCCCUUUGAAACCACGAGAUCUGCAGAUUGCCAAGAGCUUAAUGUCAUCAGAGAUUCUGCAGGUAUGAAUCCAGUUAAUUUGGAAACGUCCUUCUUAAUCCAGUUUUCGGCUUAAUAGUCACAAAAUUACUGAUUUUUAGCAGGAUAGUUACAAAGAAGAGGUUGCAACAAUGGUUCAGAGUGGUCAAAGGGCAGAGAUUGAAGCUCUUUAUUAUCAUGGAUAUGAUUACUUGGUGAAGUUCCUAGCGACGAAAAUAGUGCAAGCUAAUUACCUCUGAUAAUUCCCUCUCUUCCAAACAAACAAAUACUGAAA